GCGUUGAUUUUUACUCAAUGUGUGUAUAAGCGUAUGAUAGCUGAAAAGUUAACAACAACAGACGGUCGUAAAUAGCAGAUUAUCAUAGGCUAGUGUUCCUUCCUAGGGGGUAAAACUGAUACGUGGCGUCAACGUGAUGUGACCGUUUUAGUUUUGAUUUUCCACAGGUGAUUGAGGGACGAUGACGAUGUAUGGGGCUCCAGUGGAUUUAUCUUUUAAAGCGAUUAGCAACUUGGCAGAUGCACAGUCAGAGGAACCAAACAGUGGUCUGCGGCCUUUAAAGAGAAAUUCAGUCGGAAAGUUUCUAAGUGGCUCCCUGCGUCUUAAUAACAACCAUAUUACAAACCUGUAUGAGCUUCACAAAACCAUCAACCACUUUCUGGCUGAACCAUCACUGCUUGCCUGGCUGGACCUUUCUUUUAACCACAUCACAAAUAUAGACAAAGUUUUAUGUGAGCUGCCCCAACUGCGGGUGUUGUAUCUUCAUGGUAACCGUAUUUUUACUCUAUCAGAGGUAGACAAGCUACAAAGUCUCUCACGUCUACACACCAUCACACUACAUGGAAAUCUCAUUGUAACAAACAAGGCCUACAGGAAUCACGUGAUAUCUGCUUUGCCCCGAUUGAAGACGAUGGACUUCAGUGUUGUGACCCCUCAGGAACGAGCCUUGGCACAGAUCUGGCACCACAGUAGCAUCCCAAGCAAAAGAAAGAACCACGUGAUACCUGCUUUGGACUUCAGUGUUGUGACCCCUCAAGAAGGUGCAAGGCUUGGCACAGAUAUGGCACCACAGCAGCAAUGCAGGCAAAAGAAAUAAGGACGUACUUCAGUAACUAUAUUCGAAGUUGCAACAUAUUCAAACGGUUUCAUAAGACCUUUAUUAAAAAGGUGUGUGCAGUUCAUUUACAAAUAGAUUUGGUUUAUUUUAAGUUUAAAAAUCCAAAAGUGACAUUUGUACUAAUACUAAAUUGAAAAACUCAAUCAAAUACAAUAGCUGUUGGAAGUUUUUAAUGAAUUAAUAAACAAACAAACAAAAAAAAGGGUCUAGGU